AUGUCGCCAUCAAUAUCCCCGCUCAACUCCCCACCGCUAUCUAGUAGGACCUCUUCAACAACAUUUCCGACAGAAAACAAUGAUUCGACAUUUACCUCCACAGUUGUCUCCACGCUAGAUCCGGAGCAGCUCAAGCAGUUCUACGCAAAAUACCCCGACUAUUGCGAAGAAGAACAGGCGAUGCCUCUCUGGAUCGAAGGUGUCGAUACAACUUACGCACCUUUCAUCCCCACCUCUACUCGCCGAGUCCUCAUCGCUCUCGAAAUGGUCGGACUCAAUUCGUCAGACAAGGUCCUGGAUGUUGGUUCAGGCGACGGCCGUUUCUGCUAUGCAGCCGUCUCGUUCUUUGGGGCUCGGAAGGCCAUUGGCAUCGAGUAUGAACAGGAUCUGGUUGAAAAGUCAACAGAAUUGGCACAGGAGCAU